AUGAAAAAAAAAAGAGAAUUGAUGAAAAAAAUUUUUAAAAGUAUAGCUGGAAAAUCUAUUUUGAUAGCAAAUAUCUCACAAGGUUUGUGGUGGAUAUUUUUGUCUUUCUACAUAAUGGAUUAGACUAAUUAUGAAGCUCUAUUUUUAUAAAUAACAUGCACAAUUUUCAGAAUUUCAUAAUAGAUCAUAAUUGAUUAGUGGUGUGAAAAAUAAACAAUUUUACAUCUAGUUUCACUAUUUUAUUCUGUAUUGUACAUAGAAACUUUUUUAUUUUUAAAGUACAAUAAUCCUUUUGGGAUAUAUGCAAAUUGUCUAUUAUUUGUUGUAACUUUUAAACAAUAUUUAUCUAUAUCAUCAGAUAAAUCAAGCAAAAUCUGCAAAAUAGGAUUCCCAUCUUAUAUUUUAUUUAGAAAUAUCAUCUUAAUAUUUACUGAGUUUAACUUUUAUUUAAUUGAAAGUUUGAUAGUAUUUUUGGUGAUAUUUCUAUCUUUAGCAUACAAUAAUUAAUUAGUUAACUAUUAAUGCUAAUGUCAAUGUAAGAAAUAGUUUAAUAAUGCAAUAAUUGAAUCAUAAAUAAAGAAAAUAGAUGAUCAUGAUUCAGCUAACCAUCUAUAAUUAAAUUAAUCUUUAAUCAAAUCGUUUAGUCGAGUAACAAUUGGAUAAACACCACUGAAAAGUUAAAGUAUUUUUUUAAAGGAAAUGAGCUAUGAAUCAAAGAUAAUUUAAUUCUCAAAUUUAGGAUAAAAUUAAAAAUUAUAGAAAAGUUAAUUUUUAUAUAAUAGAGCUUCAGAAUUAUAAUUCCAUUAAUUUUAUCAAAAUUUAAUAAACUCUUUUCCUUAAGGAGUACUCAUACUAAAUUAAAAUCAAUAAGUUAGUUACUCAAAUAAUUAAUGUGAAAAAUUGUUAGAAUGUUCAGGAUCAGAAUAAAUAGUAGAUAAAAUAAGAUAAUGUUUAAAUAGUGCCAAAAUGCCUGAAAAUGAUAAUGAAAUUUAAAAUUAUUUAAGAACACCUAGAUUUAAUAAAUAAUUAAAUCAAUACGCAUUAUUUAGGAUCGUGAAAGAAUUAUAAAAGGAAAAUUUGUAAAUUGAUAUUUUGGAUAUACUGCUUUAGCCUUAAAAAUACUUUCCUUUUUUAGAAUAGAGAUAAUUUGAUUAAUUAGGAAGUUAAGAUGAUUCUAAAACAGAACAAUUAACUUUUUAAUAAUAAAUGUUUGUAUAUGAAUGGCUAUUUGAGUCUAGUUAGAGUAGGAAAGUUAAAUAAAAGAAACUUAAAGUAAUUUUAAUUCCAACAUUCAUGACUGGAAACUAGCAAGAGUACAUAUCAAUGCCUUCUCAUCAUAAAUGUCCAAGUAAACUUAAUAUUUAAUUCUAAAAUGAUGUAGAAAUGCCUGUAUUAUUAAUAAUGAUAAAAAAUAUAACAAGUAAACAUUAAUUCUAAAAAAUGAAGAAUGAGUAAAUAAUACAUCAUAGUUUAAUAAAAUCUUUUUCUCAUGAAUUACGAACUCCUUUAAAUAGUUGUUAACAAAUGCUAACUUUAAUAAAAAAUUAAUCUGUUGAAAAAAAGAUUUAAAAUUAUAUAGAUAUUGCUUAAUGUUCAAUGUCUCUAUUAGUUCAUUAAAUUAAUGAUAUUUUAGAUUAUGCAGCAAUUCAAUCAUUUUAGUUUCAAUAUCGUAUUAAACCUUUUACAUUUGGUAACAUUGCAUAAGAGAUUUACAAUUUGUAUAAAUUACAAAUGAUUUAAAAACAUAUUGAAUUUACUGUAAAAAUACAACCAAAUUUAAGUGAUUCAUUAAUAAGUAAUGAUCAAUAGAGAAUAUUAUAAAUUUUAGUGAAUCUUUUGAACAAUGCCUGCAAAUAUACAAGAGAAGGUGGUUAUGUGAAAUUAAGCAUUAAAUAAAAAAGUCUAUUUUAUAUAAAUAUAAAAGUUAAAGAUAAUGGAAUAGGAAUUGAAGAUGAUAAAUUAAUAAUGAUUUAAAAUAAUUUGAUUGGCAAUGUUGAAUUUGGUGCCAGAUUAAAAACAUAGUAAGUUACAUAGAAAGCUGGAUUAGGAUUGAAUAUUGCUGCAAAGAUUGUAGAGGGACUUAUUGAAUCAAAUAAUAAUUAAUUAAUGAUAAGUUCAAUAAAAAAUAAAGGAACAAAAGUAUAAUUCUAGAUUUAAAACUUUUUACAAUCAUAAAAUGAUUAAUAUUAAUCUUCAAAUCUCUUAUCUUAAUUAACAGGUAGAUUUAAUCAAUCUGGAAUGUAAUAGACUUUAAGUGAAAGAAAAUAUGAUGAUAAAAUGCCAAUAAAGUCUAGCAUUUCUAAUUCUAAAAUAGAUUAUGAUAUUUAACUUCCAGAUAAAUACUUAUAAGAUUCAGAAUCAUCUUAAGAAACUCCUAAAUUAAAUGAUCCUGGUAAAUAAUAGUAAAUAGAAUUACCUAAAAGUCCAUAAUACUUUUCGCAUAAAAAAAUUUAAUCUUGUUAAACAAUAGUAAAUUAGGAAUUAUUUUCUAUAAAACAAUACCCUCAUCUUUGUUAAAUUUGUAGAAGUGUAUUGAUUGUAGAUGAUAUUCCAUUUAAUUAAAUUACCCUUAGAUUAAUGUUAUAGAAUUUUUAAAUUGAUUCAGAUUAAGCAUUCGAUGGAUUUCAAGCUAUAGAAAAGGUUAAAUAGAAAAUGUUAGAACAUUGUUCUUUCUACAAAUUGAUUUUUAUGGAUAUUGAAAUGCCAGGAUUAAAUGGAUUUCAAACUAGUAAAAAGGUAUUUACUUUUUUUUAUCAUAGAUUUUAGAAAUCACAGGCAAGUAAUCUUUCAUUGUGAUUUGUUCUGCUUAUGAUACAUAAGAGAAUUUUAUUGAAGGAGCAAAAAUAGGAAUUAAUUCGUUUCUGCCAAAACCUGUUAAUUAAAAAGAAUUAGAGGUAAUUUUAAGAAGCAUUUUCCCUUUAAAAAAAGGAUUAUAUUGA